AUGUAUCCACUAUGUGAAAAAACUGCACCUCAGAAUUCACCACAGGAAAGUUUUAUUGAACCUUCAGAGAUUGAAAAUGGAAGUGAACCACUUCUCGGUGCAUUCGAUGAGCCCUUUAGUACAGCCCCUCAAUCUGCGCUUGGUCCAGGCAGUCAAAUAUCACCGCCAAAAUCAAUGCAGCCGGGUUAUAUAACACUGGAGACGCGAAACACUCCUGAAGGUAGUAAUUCCCAUCUACUCAUGCAGUCACCACCGCAGACGAAAACAACCGUUGGAGCUCGCACCGAAGAAACCGACAAAAGCACUCCCACGCCACUGACUACUUCUUCAACUUUUCACCAAUCUUCAGCGACUGCAACACCGCAGCAAGAGACUGAAACUGCUCCACUAUCUCCACCGAUUGCCACACCUCAGCAAGACAAUCAAACUGCUCCACCACCUCCACCGGCUACAAUAUCUCGGCAAGACAAUCAAACUGCUCCGCCACCUCCACCGACUGCAACACCUCAGCAACAUAAUCAAACUACUGCAACACAUCAACUUCAUCAACCAACUGAGCCCAUACUCGAACCACUUCCGGGUGCUUUGAACAAUCCACCAGAAGCUAUUAUUCCUCCAGCAAAUGCCAAUUUACGCCAUCAACGAGUAGAAGGACUUCUAGGUGACGGGAGACCUCAGCACCUAAAUCCCCUGCCACAAUAUCCAGCGCAAUUCCAACUACCUAAUCCCAUAAAUGCUUCCAACGUACCUGACCCAUGUACUCCACCUCCCCUCUAUCCCGGCUAUCCUUAG